CCUUUGGUUUUCAUUCUUUAGUUCUUACUCUAAACUCCUCCCUCCCCUUACCUUUCUGCUCAUUAAACAAUGAAAAUGGCAGAUUACCAAUCAUCCUUUCUCCUCCAUAGGAAACAUCCAUCAUUGCUCCCAACAAUCCUUUUCACAACCUCUAUAGAAACCUGAGCUUCUAAGAAAUCUUCAUUCCUUCUUUCUCUUUAUUUAACCUUAAAUUUCCCUUCUCCCUCAACACCCCAAACUCCUUGAAUUUCUUCCUCACCUCUCCCAUGGCCAUGGAUCCUUCCUCUACAAACUCUGUUAAUGGCUUCUACUCCUUCCUCACCAGGGGUAUUGAUGAUCUGGAAUGUGUUUUCCUCUCCACCAAUUUCAUGUCCAUCCAAUUCCUGCAGAGGGCUCUGGCCCUCUUAAGAUCCUUUCACUCUCACCUCAUUCUUCUUGUUCAGAAGCUCCACUUGCCUGUGGGGGAGAAGUGGCUUGAUGAGUAUAUGGAUGAGAGCUCCAAGCUUUGGGAAGUCUGCCAUGUCCUCAAGUCUGGUGUUUCUGGGAUGGAGAAUUACUAUUCUGCUGGCUUUAAUCUCACAUCUUCCCUUGAUUCCCAUCACCAUCUCAAUCCCCAAUUAUCUCGCCAGGUGAUGAGGGCAAUAACAGGGUGUAGAAGAGAAGCAAUGGGACUGGAGGAAGAGAACAGGGCAUUAAUGGAGACAAGAAUAGAGCCACUAUGCCUAAGGUUUGAUGGGGUGGUUUCAGUGAAGGAGUCAAAGCUGAAUGGGUUCAAUGGGUUCAGGGGAGUCCUAUAUGCAAUGAGGAAUGUCAGCUCUCUUCUGCUCAUCAUCUUACUCUAUGGCCUAGUCUAUUGCUGGCCUGCAGAAUCAAACCACCCCCCAAGCAGCUAUGAAGGCUGCCUGUUUUUUGGGUCAGCAUUCAUGAUCUCAAUCUCAAGAUUGCAGCAAAGGGUGGCUGAAGAGAUGAAUCAGAGGCAGAUGGGUGGUGGGCAUGGGGUUUUGCUUUAUGAGUUUAAGAGAUCAAAGGCAGCCAUGGAUGAGCUGAGGGGUGAACUGGAGAGGAGUGGGGGUGGUGAUGAAGAUGGGAUCAGAGAAAAAAUUGAGAGUUUGAAGGCUUGUUUUGGGGUUUUGAGAUCUGGGACUGAGAAUAUCAUUGGGCAGCUUGAUGAUUUCUUUGAUGAAAUUGUUGAAGGGAGGAAGAAGCUCUUGGAUUUCUGCAGCACCCAUAGGUAAAGAAAGGAGGAACCAAAACCACAAACAAAAAAAAAUACUCAAAAAAAAAAAAAAGAAGAAGAAGAAGAAAAGAAUGGAAUAUAAGUAGGGAAUCAGAAGUUGGUUGGUUGUACUUUUGUCUAUUAGCUUUUUUACUUCUUUUUUUUUUUUAAUUAUUUAAAAUUCCCAUUUCAAGAUAUUCUGUUUCA